CUAAGCCCUCUUCCCAUGCCUCACAACUACAGGUGGCCUCUGACAAUCUGAGGGCUACUAAAUGUACAUUAUACAAGGGGAUUGCUUGUCAUGAAUCUUCAUCGCAUUUUGUGAUCCUCUCGAGCCUGUUCGUUCAAAGCUGGAUGAGGCGUGAUCAGUACUGUUCAAUUCGCCACACCCCAAACCCGGUUUCCUCUUCAAAGCAUCCCUGUUCAGUUGACGUGAAAUCCUCUGAUUUUGUGUUUAGGAGACGGAUUUGUUUGCGCAAUUCUCGAGGGCACAUGUCCGGAUUGUUGGUCGGAACAACAAUCAGAACAACGAUGGUGAUCUGGAAGUACCUAAAAAACUUCUGGAAGACAUUCGUGAUCCUCUUGCUCCCUUUGGUUCUUCUUCCUUUGCCUGUUUUGGUACCAUCAACAAUUGGACGAUGUGGAUACGUGGUGAUAAUCAUGGCUGGUUAUUGGGUGACCGAGGCCUUACCACUCCCAGUAACCUCUCUUAUACCCAUUGUCUUAUUUCCAUUCCUAGGGAUCAUGUCCACCAAUGACACGGCCAUUUUUUACCUCAAUUCCACCAAUUUCAUGUUCAUCGGGGGUCUCAUCAUGGCCAUCGCCAUCGAGAAAUCGGGCCUGCACGAGCGUUUGGCCUUGAAGGUCCUGACCUUGACUGGUUCUAACAUCCGAUUCGUCAUGUUCGGCUUCAUGGCCACCACAGCCUUUCUUUCCAUGUGGAUCUCGAACACGGCAGCCACGGCCAUGAUGCUGCCCAUCAUUGACGCGGUGGUCGUGGCUGCUCUCACCUCAGAGGCUAAUGAUGACUUUGAGCUUCAUACCGGACUUGAGGAUGUGUACCAGGACAAGAGGGAUCAAAAAUCCAGUCGAGACCUAAGACGAACCAAAAACAUGCUCAAUCUAUCCAUCAUGUAUUCGGCCAACAUUGGGGGCACUGGAACGGUCACCGGAUCCCCGUCCAACCUUGUUGUGUACGGAGUGGUCGAGACGAUCUUUGGAAAAGAUACCGGACUGAAUUUCGCCACUUGGAUGGCGACUUCGGUGCCCGCCAUGGUUAUUAACAUCAUAAUUGCUUGGGCGUGGCUACAGAUUGUCUACCUACCCACAAUGUCGUGUCGAAAAUCCUCACAACUCACCCCAAUCACCUCCGCUAAUCAGGGUGAAAGUAGCAAAAAUGGUCAAUCGACACAAGAGAGCAAGAGAGUUCAGCAAGUGAUAAGGGCUCGUUAUCAAGAGUUGGGCCCUAUCUCUUGGCGGGAAAUUCAAGUGGCCGUUCUAUUCGUGGUCCUGAUAGUGGCUUGGAUCUCUCGGAGUCCCCGGUUUGUUCCCGGUUGGGCUUCCCUCUUGAAUCUCAGGGAUGCCACGGGAAAUUUGACCUCAGUCACCGACUCCACAGUGGUCAUAUUAGCCGUCUUAAUCUUGUUUGUAUUGCCUGCAUAUCCAAGAUGCGACCCAAGGAAAAAUUUCCAAACCUCGGGAGCACUCAUCUCCUGGAGCGAUGUUCAAAAUGAACUCCAAUGGGGCGUAAUCAUUCUGGCGGGAGGAGGUUUUGCAAUGGCAGAAGGAGCCAAAAGAUCUUGUCUUUCCUAUUGGAUCGGAUCCAGCUUGAAAGUGUUGGAUGCGUUGUCCCCUGUAUUAGUGGUGAUUACCAUUUCUACCAUCACGGCUUUUCUGACGGAGUUCAUGUCCAACACUGCCACGGCUAAUCUCAUCAUGCCUGUUUUGGCUCAACUGGCCGUGGAACUUCAAAUCAACCCGUUACUCCUCAUGCUGUCAGCCGGAUUUGCUUGCUGCUACGCGUUCAUGUUGCCAGUUGCCACUCCUCCCAAUGCCAUUAUCUACUCGUCUUCCACCAUAUCCUUGCAGCGGAUGCUUCUCAUGGGCUUGGUCAUGAACGUGGUCACUCUGAGCGUGUCCCUAAUUUCUAUUCACACGUUGGGCAAUGCCGUUCUCAAUCUGAACACCUUCCCCAUUUGGGCCAAUUCGACCAAUAAUGACAUGGCUAUCACGGAUAACGCAACCGACAUCUGCAUGGCCAUGGUCGAGGAAAUGGCCAAGCUAUGACGGCGAAAAGUGACCAUAAUGAUUAUUGUUCAUCGAUUAUUUUACACCUCACUGACUUUGUUGUAUUACAUCUGAGGUCUGAUACGUUCAAGCUUCCCUGUUUUUAAAUGAGAUAAUAAACAAUGUACCGAUAUCUCAA